AUCAAAAUCAACUUUCCGUAUCAUUUUCUUUACACGUCGUUAUAUAUAUAAGGUCUUCGUGGUUUACCAUUUUUAUCAUUCGUUUUUUCUCUUUGAAGAAAAAAACUAUUAGCAUGGAGGAAGAGGAGGGAAGGAAAGCGGAAACCGACGACGUCACCGGCGCCGAGUCUCCGGAGUUUAAACGGCAGAGAGAUGCGGGAGCAGCUGAGUUAAGCGAUGAAGUUUUGGGGUGGUUAUCGGUGGAAGGUAGCGAGGCUGACUCGAUGAGCGAGUUGUUGAAGCUUCUGGACGACUCAGCGGAAACGACCAUGUCAGCGUCAUUGUACACGUAUUCUCCGGCGUCGUAUGGAAUGAGGGUUAGGUUCAGCGACAAUCCGUAUUCGUCGGCGUUGAUAUUUCAGUCGUCGUCUUCGUACAUCACCAUCAACGGCAACGAAGAGAGCUGCGGGUCGUCGUUUUCGGAGUCGGAGUCGAGCGUGAUGGCCAGCGUGGACAUGGGUGGGAUUGUAAGGUCGAAGGUGAAGGGUUUGGAAGGAAUAAGGGAGUGGUUGGAAGCGGAGGAGGGUGGGGCGUGGGGGGGGAAACGAGGAAGAGGCGCGUGGGUGGGUGGAGGAGUCGGAAUGGAGAUGGGCAUGGGACGAAGAGCAGCUGACGAAGUUGCUGGAGGAGGAGUGAGUGCCCUUUUUGAAAUUUGUGAGUAA